GUCCCGAGGUGACCCAAUGCCGCAUUGAUUCCUCACAAAUCGCCCGGUUACCUCGUUUCUCCUCUUUAUUAACUUCACCCAUAAUUCCCAAAAAUAUUUCCCCAAAUCAUCAACCAAUUGUCCUUUGUCUUUUCUCAUAAAAAAACCACAAUAAAUCGUCACUAAAAGUCACUGAAAACACGAUCGUAAAGGGCGAGGGACACUGUAGACGUUCGGCGUGCCGGUCUGCCAGUCGCUACUGAUUCGCAGGCAGAAACGCGUCUCCGCGUCGUAUCAACGGUUCGAUCUAUUGAAAAUUCAAGCACAACGGACAUUUCAAUUUCUCCAUUUCGCUGAUAGCUUUGUUUUGUUUCGACUCGUGCGUUCAGUUAUGUGCGUUCAGUUAUUUCCGAUUGUUGGUGAAGUAAUCAAGUGCAAUUGCGAAGUUGUGGAAUUUUGACUGGGGGGGGGGGCGACGAGGAUUUGGAAAACCGUUACAUUUUUUGUCAUUUCACUCUUGGCUAUCGGUUUCGUGGAUAAACUGGAGCGCCAUUUACAAACAAAACAUGUGUCAUUGAGCUCGGAAUUGAUGGAACAUCUUUGAAAACAUUCGUGUGGUGUCGACAGAGCAGGGGCGAGUGGGAGAAUCCAAUCAUUGAGGGGUAAACUAGAUUUGUGAGUAAAACAUCAGCAUGUCAAGACAGCGAGGGCUGGCUGAGUAAACUCGGUGUCCGCAGGAUGGAACCAACCAAGGAAUCACACUCCCGUAUGCUAUCGGAUAAAGAGGUCAUUUACGCGUUACACACGCACAACAUCCGGCCCGACUCAUACGACAAAUAUAUCAAGAAUUACAAAGAGAAUGUCGAUCUCAUUCAUUCCAAGAAGGGUGAGUUGAAUCAUGAACUGGUGGCUUCCUGGACCGUCGAGGUUGGCGAUCUUGAUCAGGCGAUACAUCUUUGGCAGUACACUGGGGGGUAUGGCAAGAUUGAUCAUGCACAGAUGCAUUUAUCGAAGGAUGAGUCUUAUCAGCGAUUACUCAAGGAGCGUGGCAAUUAUCUCCGCUCUCGACAUCUCCAGUAUCUCCUGGCAUUUAGCUUCUGGCCGCAGAUCGUUAAACGAGCAGGACCAAAUAUUUAUGAAAUACGUAGCUACAGACUCAGACCCGGCACCAUGAUCGAGUGGGGAAAUAACUGGGCUAGAGCCAUUAAUCACAGGAGAAAUAAUGAUGAGCCGUUUGCUGGGUACUUUUCGCAGAUUGGGAGAUUGUACAACGUUCAUCAUAUCUGGUGCUACAAGGACCUCCAAUCAAGAAAAGAGACUCGCGAGAGUGCCUGGCGCUCCCCAGGUUGGGACGAGUGCGUCGCCUACACAGUUCCCCUCAUCCGAGAGAUGCACUGUCGCAUCCUCCGGCCCACGGCCUUCUCCCCCACCCAGUAAACCCAAAACCAAAAUUAUGAUUGAAGAAAGAAACACAAAGAAAGCGUCAAUUUAAUUUGUAAACUGCCACCAGGCAUUUUUUUUUUCGAAGUCUACCUUCUCUUUUGUUGAAAACCUUUGGAAAUUGAUUUACGUUUAUUUUAUAUAUGUAUAAAUGGAUAGAAAUUGAAUAAUCUUGUAUCAUCGUUGUUGAUAAUAAAAGAUAUGUACGGGAAGACUUGUAUAAAAUAUGUAAUAAAUAUUGUUACUCAUUCA